UCCUUUAACGAGAUUGGCUAAACGAAACUGACGUCAGAGAAAAUUAAACAAUAUAUAAAAAUAACAGUACAGAUGAUUCGUUUAGUCGUACCAGUCGUACUUAGCUUUUUAGAUAUCUUAGCUUAGUUAGGUAGUUUGCCAAUUAGAUUGAUAUUUGGGCUGAAAAAUACUUGGAGGUCCAACCAGCUACAAUGUCUGUGGAACACAUAAGCAAGAAACAAAAAACGAGCCUGCAGGUAGCAACGAACGUGAUAGAACAGAAACACCACAUCACUCGAUCGAAAAGAGGCCAAGUCGUAGGACAGUUACGCGGAUUUAGACCAUGUACGGUGUGGUUCACUGGUUUGUCAGGCGCUGGUAAAACAGCCAUAUCCUUUGAGCUUGAAGCCUAUUUAGUUCUGCACGGAAUACCAGCUUAUAGUUUAGACGGCGAUAAUUUGAGAACGGGCCUGAAUAAGGAUCUCGGCUUUACAAAACAGGAUCGAGAAGAGAACAUCCGCAGGGUAGCUGAAGUGGCCAAAUUAUUCGCUGACGCAGGCCAGAUAUGUCUAUGUAGCUUUGUGUCGCCCUUUGCUGCCGACAGGGAGCUUGCUAGAAAAAUCCAUGAAGAAAAUGAUCUCCCUUUCUUUGAAGUGUUUGUUGACACACCUCUGGACGUAUGCGAGAGGCGUGACACCAAGGGGUUGUAUCAGAAAGCAAGGCAGGGCAAAAUAAAGGGUUUCACUGGUAUUGACCAACCAUAUGAAGCCCCACAAAACCCUGAUCUGGUUGUGAAGACUGUUAAUUACAGUGUGAGAGAGUCUACCACAAAAGUGGUUGAAAUGCUAAGGGAAAACAGGAUAAUACCAAUGUUACAGCAGUCUGAUGAUAGAGUGCCAGAGUUAUUUGUUCCAGCUGCAAGGGUUAAAAGUUUAGAGGAAGAGGCUCUAUCUUUACCAUCACUUAACAUUCAAAUUCUGGACCUGCAAUGGCUACAGAUUCUGAGCGAAGGAUGGGCCUAUCCCUUGCGAGGGUUUAUGCGGGAAGACCAAUUAUUACAGACCCUACAUUUCAAUUGCCUAAUUAAUGAUGGCAACUUGGUGAAUCAAAGCAUUCCAAUAGUCUUGCCGAUUUCCACCCAAGACAAGGAUCGCCUUCUAAAUUCUUCAUCGCUUGCUCUUUUCCACAAUGGCGUUUGUUACGCGGUUUUACGAAAUCCGGAGUUUUACUACCACAGAAAAGAGGAACGGGCAGCCAGGCAAUUCGGUACCACCAAUGAGAACCACCCUUACGUCCGCAUGAUCUAUGAAAGCGGAGACUGGCUGGUGGGAGGAGACUUGGAAGUGUUGCGCAGAGUUAGGUGGAAUGACGGCCUAGAUCAGUAUCGGUUAACCCCCAACGAAUUAAAGGAAAAUUUCAAGAAGAUGGACGCGGAUGUGGUGUUUGCUUUCCAGCUGCGCAACCCUAUUCAUAAUGGGCACGCGUUGCUGAUGACAGACACCAAGAGGCAACUCCAAGAGAGGGGAUACAAAAAACCAGUGUUACUCCUGCAUCCGUUAGGUGGUUGGAUCAAGGACGACGACGUCCCAUUACCGGUUCGAAUUGAUCAACACAGAGCCGUGCUAGAAGAAAAUUUGCUGGACAAAACAUCGACUGUGUUGGCCAUUUUCCCCAGUCCCAUGAUGUACGCAGGUCCGACAGAAGUCCAAUGGCACGCCAAAGCUCGAAUGAACGCGGGGGCUCACUUUUACAUAGUUGGUAGGGAUCCUGCGGGUAUGGCGCACCCCGAGGGCAAAAACGCAACCCCCGACGGCAACUUGUUUGACGGGACACAUGGAGGCCGCGUCCUGAAGAUGGCUCCCGGAUUAAGCAGUUUGGAAAUUAUCCCCUUCCGUGUGGCCGCCUAUGACAAACGGAACAAGCAGAUGACGUUCUACGAUCCUGCAAGGAAUGAGGACUUUGAAUUUAUAUCCGGCACGAAGAUGAGGACGCUGGCGAAAAAUGGGGAAAAUCCACCGUCGGGGUUUAUGGCGCCCAAGGCGUGGGAGGUUUUGGCCGAUUAUUACCGGUCGUUGGCCAAAAAACAGUGAUAGCUUUGAACCUCCAAGAGGAAAAUCGAGAAUUAACAGAAGUAUUAAUGGUAAAACCAAGCAUUUAGAAAAAUAUUUUUACUACUUAUUAGUCGCUAAUUUAUUGAAUGUUAUGUUGCUCAAAUUGCCGGGGAAGAACACUAGUCAUAAGCGGAAAAACAGAGGCUUUAAUUUUGAAUCAAAUCAAGCACUGGCAAACCAAUGUAAAAAAAAGCUAAGUUUUCAUGGAGCGCACUAUGUCCUUUCAAUAUCUUCUUUUUUAGUACGGUUGGGGUCGCUUUGUUAAUUAACACGUUAUUGUUAUUGUAUAGGUAUAUUUCUUUAAUCCAUUUUCUGUUUUGUUUUAAAUAUAUUUUAUUCAUUGUAUUUGUGGAGGUUUUGCUUAAUUUUCCAAAGAGUUUCGCAAACUUAAGUUACUUAUUUAAAAUUAAUUUAUUUAAUACUUAUUACUACUUACAAAAAUAUCCUAUCAACAUUCGAUCUGUUAUCGAAUUACAUUGACAAGACUUUAGUCCACACUUACUGGCCAUAUGGUGUUAAGUAAAUGGUACAUACAUGGAAAACGCUCAAGUAUCAUUUCAUAAGCUGUUUACACAUAGAGAGAACUUUAUUUGAACUAAAUUACUAUUCAAUUACCUUGGAACUUAAGCAGAUCAACGAGGAAAACUAUAAACAGCGAACGUUACGUUUGACCUAUUCGGUUAUUACAUACAUAUAUUUAAAUCAUUUCUUUGUUAUAUUUGGACGAAAUUAUAUUUAUUAAAUUAAAUAAACAGUUAUUUAAAACGCAACAGCGGUUUCGAGCUGCUUAGUUUGAAUAAACUACACUUGUCUUGAGCAAACAUUACAUGAUGGGUAGCAGCUAGAAAGAUGUCUUCGAAGGGCAGAAAACUAAACACCGAAUAGUACAUUUGACCUACCCCGCAGGGGCGCAAUUUUUGUUUAAAAAAUUGUCAAACAGGCCACAUUAGCACCACCAUAAUAGAAGCUAAUGGGAUUGUUUAAAAAAACUGAUGGAUUUAUGUAUAGUAUGGAGCAAAUAAACUUUUUAAUCAUUUUCUAGUCAUUUUGUUUCUAAAAAGGUUAAGUUUGUCCAGGAGAGGCAUAAAAUAAUCAAAAUUUCAACAAACAAUAAUAAAGAAACAUUUUUUUAAUAAAACUUUUGGAUUUCUGCGUCGAUUUUUGUUGAUUCCAACUAGCUAGCGUUUGGCCAGUCAUCCUGUUGGCUUCUUCGGAGCUUGACUGAAACAGUUAAGCUAGUUUGACUCAACAAAAACCGACGCAGGAGGAAUCCAGAAGUUUUAUAAAAAGUAUUACAGUAGCCUGUGGAAGCUUCUUUGAAAAAUUAAUAACGAAACAAUUCAAAAAAGUGGUCGCAGAAAUCUCUUAAAAUCCAAAGAAAAACUAAAA